AUGAGAUUCUCCUCCAUUGCUGCUCUCGCCCUCAGCGGCAGCGCCCUCGCCGCGUCCCAGCAAGAAUGUUUCGCCCAGCACAGCCAGGAACUGAUCGAGUUCUCUGACUGCGGCAACCCUACCAACCUCGAAUUCUGCCUCUCACAAAUCACCAGCUCCGACAUCAGCGACGUCGAGGCCUGUUAUUCGAACGCCGGAUGCUCAGCCGCCCAGGCCGUCUCCGAGGCCAAAUAUGCACUCCGAAGAUGUGACGAGUUCGCCAAGAUCGGAGACCUGCGGAAGCGAUACCGCGGCGUGCUCGAUGGAGCUGAGAAGACGGUGGCUGCCCGAGACCCCAUCGCCGCCCCGGCACCAACCCUCGGGGCUCGCUCCGGCUCGCUCGAAUGUCUCGCCACCUCUACAGUCAAGACGGAGUCCUGUGACAUCCAGACUGAUAAGGGUGUCCUGAGGACCCUCACCUGCGUGCCCACCGAAGUCGCCAAGAGCGCCUGUGCCCCCGGCCUCAUGUGCUCCAUGGACAGCCAAGGCAGCACCGUCUGCAUGAAGAAGCAGGACAGCCUCGGCGUUGGCGGCAUUAUCAUCGCCAUCGCCUUCGGCGCCUUCAUCGUCAUCGGCAUCACCUUCCUGACCUUUGCCUGCUGCCGCGAGCGCCGCCACCAGAAGCAGCUCGAGGCCCGUGCCGAGGCCACCGCUCUCGCUCGCGCCCAGACAAAGAAGGCUCGCGCCGCCGAGGCCCGCGCUCCUUUGAUGCGCCAAGAGGGAGGUGACCCCUUCACCGACCGAGCUCAGUCUUAG